CGCUCUCCGGUUCGAUGGCAGCUCCGCUCGUCACCCUCGAUGAAGAAUGGCAGGAUUUCUACGAGCUGAAACCCGACCGAGCCGGGGGACGGGGGCAGCUGGAAGAGGAGAACCUGAACGAGUUGGGAUCGGUGAGAACGGCGGGAGUCUCCCACUUUGAAGACCUAAGCGAGCUGGACAAUUUCACCACGGAAAUUAUGAGCUUCAAAUCCAUGGAGGAUCUGGUGAACGAUUUCGAUGAGAAACUCAACGUUUGUUUCCGAAAUUACAACGAGAAGACGGAGAAUUUGGCUCCGGUAAUAAAGCAGAUGGCGGAAGAGGAGGAAGAAUUAAUCAGGGAUGAUGAGAUCUGGGAUGCCCUAACUGACAACUACAUGACAAGCACAGCUGAGGAAUGGAGGGCAGCACGUCUUCAGGAGCUCAACAUGAACCUCUCCAACAUGGAGGUGAGUGACAAAGACAGCAUCACUGAGGAUGGAGAGUUAAUUGAGAAGCUGGACAUCAUCGUGUCUUCCACAAGCGAGGAGCCUCUCUUCACAGCCGAGCAGGUCAUUGAGGAGAUUGAAGAAAUGAUGCAGAAUUCCCCUGACCCUGAAGUUGAAGAGACUCCAUCACAAUCCGACAAGCUCUCUGUCCUCUCGCUGGAGGUCCAAGCAUUGAAACCAUCCACCUGCAGUAACAAUAACAUUCUGACAGAAGAUGUGAAACUGAUGUCGGAGGCUGAGAUGGGUGAAAUGUUGGUGCAAAUUGAAUUAGCCAUUAAAGAUUAUUCAGAGGAGCUGAUACAGCAGCUGGCGUUGCGUGAUGAGCUAGAGUUUGAGAAGGAAGUGAAGAACAGCUUCAUCUCCAUCCUCAUUGAGGUGCAGAACAAGCAGAAGGAGCACCGGGAAUCAAUGAAGAAGAAAAAGAAGGACAAAGGCGGGGUUCCACCAAGCAUCCGACAGGAGAAGGCAAACCGCAUGCCUGUGAAGCGUUUCAGCAUGGAAGGAAUCUCCAGUGUCAUCCAGAGUGGCAUUCGGCAGACCUUUGGAAACUCGGGCAAUGACAAACAGUACCUAACUACAGUGAUUCCUUAUGAAAAAAAGAGCACUCCUCCAACUGUUGAAGAUCUUCAAAUACUGACCACAAUUCUUCUGGCUAUGAAGGAGGAUAGUGAGAAGGUUCCAGUUUUACUGACUGACUACAUUUUAAAAGUUCUGUGCCCAACAUAGACCAUUGCAUUGUCCCCAUGGAAGCCAGGAUUAGCUGGGCUGCCAGAUUCUCGCUUGCAGACUGCACUUCAAGGCCAAAAUAAUGUCCAGAUAUGCUAACCACAUGAAAACUGUCUCCAUCAAGAAGAAGAGAGGGCUCAGCCAAUUUGAAAGACAUGUGGUCUCUUCAGCUUUGGGAAAGGUUUUGUAAAUAAUUUAUUUUUAAGCAUCAACCGAUGUUGGAGUUGACAUUAAUAAUCCAAUAUCGGAAAAUCAUCAACAAAAAAUGGAAACUAACAAGAACAAUUUAGCUGUACUUAAUCUGUCAUGGCUUCAUCAUUGGGUCGCUGUGUGCUGGGGUAGUGGAAGUCCAGGCCUGUGUAUAAUUCAAUGGCCCUUAGUCCGCUCCUGGUUUGGGAGAUUUCCAGUAAGAAUUGCUACAGUUCUAUCCACUUACUAGGAGGAAUAUGCAGUGGGAAGGAGAAAAGAUUUGGCAAUCUUUCCAAAAGCACUGGGCCACCAUUUACAGCUUUUACAAUGCAUUGCAGUCGUAAAGUAGCAAAUAGAAGUCCUCACUAAGAUAACAUGAACUAUUACUGGGAAGGGUAAACAGACCAAAUAAUAGUAUUACAAGGGGUUUCUCAGUAACAUUUGGCAACUACUAUUUAGUGACAUCGUUGCCAGGAAAAGACACAUUUAGUAAGGUAGAUGGAAAUAAAAAUGUUUUAAAGGACAGUGUUUAUUGAUUCUGAUCCCUAAUGAUGCCAGCUGUUUGUUGGCAUCGUGCUGACUACGCGUGUACCUGAUCACGCCUUGAAAUCUUUAAACGAUGAUUAAUUGAAUUGCUUACAAAUUCAGAUUAAUGAUCUCCAGUGGUGGGAUAAAGGGCCUUGCUAAGACAGUAGCUCUGCUAAAUCAUGGUGACAAAGUGUACAUCAUCUAGUAUUUAUGCAGUCUUCAUGAUUGCUCAUCAAGCACAAUGUACGUCAAGCCACGCCCCUAAUUAUAGACGCAUGAAGGGAAUAAUCAACCAAUCAGAACUGCUGAUAACUGCAAGAAGAAAUCCACAUGCAGCAUCAUUUAAUGCAGAAUUCAUUCCAGGUCUUUCCCUGGUCAACACUGCCCUCAACUAAUUCCCUGUUACCUACUGCAGCCAGCAGCCACCUCUAUGUGGUUAUUCCAAUAAAAAGCCUGGUCUCUAAGCAUGUUUUAUUUGCUUUGCAAUACUUCAACAGCUAUUAGCUAUUUUCUCUGUUAUAUAGCCUGCAAUAAAGUGUCAUCUUAAACUGAUCUUCCUGUAUAGUGCCAUGUUUAUAAAGAGCACUUUUUAACUUGUCUUCUCUCUCUCUCUCUCUCUCUCUCUCUCGCUCUUUGAUGCCAUGUAUGUGAGGAGUCCUCUUUACAUCCUGCCUUCACCAUCAGCAGCCCCUCGCUGCUGGGCGGCCUUUCCUUGGCCUGGUGUCACUUUGUAAGUCACUCUCCCUCAACUCUGGGUUCUCUGUUCUUCUGAAGUCAUCUUUCAGUUAAUGUUAGAUUUUAAACCAGAGCAGUGACAAGCACGAUCAACUUUUGCAGUCCUCCGGCUGGCAUUAAACCCCUGAAUUCCAGUUCGACAGUAUAAGCCAGUCCAAGAUUUUAACCCAGUGUAAACUCAAGAGGAAGUGGCCUUUUCAUCAGGGUAAUAAUAUAGCACUUCAAGCCACAGCUCCCUCUCAUUUCAAGUGGUUUCAAUGUAAUGCUUUGAUUUCAUUGAAGAGGUUCCCUUCAUAAUCCAGGCUGAAUGAGACGACUGUUUAUUUUACAAUAACCAAGCACGCAACAGCGUUGCCACAGUAUCAAAGCAGCAAGAUGGUGGUUGCCAGGGAGGAUGAAAGGAAAUGUGCCAGAUUUACAGCUUCCUACUUCCUAACUCGUGUGAUGGUAUUAUUUUACACAGGGCUGGGUUGAUGAGCAAUAUUGAUGCCACCAACACCUAGGAGUCACACUGUGGAAAUGCUGAGACUGAUGCAAGUGGGAGAGCGGAAGGGCUCCAUUCAAACAAAUUCCAUCAAAAGGAGCUGUUGCUUUCUGAUAGCCAGCCCCUGUUCCUCAACUCCUAUUGGUCACCUUCUUGCCUAAGAUAAAAAUCAUCUUUUAAGUCAUGUCUCUGCCUUAUUAUAUCAUCUAAAAGAUGACACAUAUUGUUUAGCACAUGACAGAUUAUGUAAAUAUCACUUGUUUAGUGCUUCACAAGAUAUGGGAGCAGAAUUAGGCCAUUUGGCCCAUCAAGUCUGCUCCGCCAUUUAAUCAUGGCUGAUCCAAUUUUCCUGCCUUCUCCCCUUAUCCCUUCACGCCCUGAAUGUAUCAACCACUGCCUUAAAUAUACAUUGUUCAGGACUGGAGCACCAAUGUGGUAAUAUUGAACAAUGAGCAGGAUAUUUGGUGCUCUGAUCCAAAUGAUUGAUGUAUUUAUUGCCAAAAUGAAUGCAGUUGAUACUAAGAAGGAAAGGCAGCAUGUAGACAGUAAAUUUACAGCACAUGGGCCUUUGAAAAGUCUAAUCUUGCAAUCUACAUUAUUCACUCCAGGUCAGCUCCCUACUUUGGUGUGUUUUCCUUCAAACCGAGUGUCUCAAUAACCUUUAAAAAAUGUUAAGGUGCUGCAUUACUUCUCUGUUUAAAUCUUUCACGAGACAGACCUGGAAUAUGGAUUCUACCCACCCCCAGCCACCAAGAAGCUACUGAGGUUGGAUCUAAAAUCCAGUAUUAUUCUGACAGGCUAAUCAAGAUCUGAAAUGAGCCAACUGACUGAUCUGCUGCUUGUAAAUGUGGCGUACGAAGAUUCACAGUGCCAGUAUGCCUUCCUCACUGAAACAAGCUUUCAGUUGUUAUCCACAGUCAGAUUGAGAAAGUUGCCCCUUUGAUAAGGAGGCACCAUCAGUUUCAGUUCUUGGUCCUAUCCUCAUGCGAAGAUGAGUUUCCAAAAGGCUCAAACAGUAUUUUGAUUAAACGUUGCUGCAAAGCAAAGUUAAAACGUUAGACACGAUACUUACUGGCGGCAGUUUAGAAUUCAGACCUUGCAAUGAGAAGGGAAUGGAUGGCAUGUUGAGGGUAAUUUUGAAUGUCUCUCCACACCCUAUUUCAAAUAGUUUCUUUUACCUGCCUGGAAGGAAUGUGUGUCCAACAUGGAAUUACACUACACCCCACUGUCUUUGACAAGCACAAUCAGGAGUGCAUAGGCUGUACAUAAUACGUUUUGUAGACAGGAGCCAACACUUAGAAUGAACAGUGGGGACCUGCUCAUAACCUUGAGCUGAUACAGCGCUUCUGGACAAAAGUACAAAAAUUUGAAAUGUUAUGUGGAGGGAGGGAGGCGUGGAGCGGCACAAUUUUUUAUGAAGAGUAGUGCGUGUGUCACUCUGCAUUUUCCGGUGCAGUUGCUGUUCUGGAAGUGUAAAAGGAGUUAUCAUUAGGUUUGUAACCUAAGUUGUCCCUGACCUGAGCCCAGUGUCCAAAAAUAAAAUGGGUGCUCCUCCAACAUUGAAAUCAAUGAUGAGGCAAAAUUCAUACGAAGAGAUAUAUUGGUUACAAAACCCUGUGCCAAUCCUCAGUCCCACAAUCAACGUGUGACUUGUGAUUUAUCCUAUUCUAAGUGACUUCAUGCAAUUUGUAGCAUACCCCAUAUCAUUUGAAAAGGACGGCUGUUGAAAAAUGGAAGGCGUAGGAGACAGUCACUACAAUCAUCUGAUCACCAAUGGUGGAAUCCAAGUUAAACUGCACGUACAAUAAAUAGGUAAAAUCCAUACAAGAAAACAAAGAAUGAAGUAAAAUGAAGUCAGCAUUUCAGAUGUCAAACCUCCAUGGUAUGAACUUCCAUCCAAAAGUCUGUACUAAAUUAUUAACUGAUUUUUACAACGUCACUACAGUAGGUUCUAUUUUCAUUUCUGAAACAUACUGUAGGUGGUUAUCAUCAGUGAAGAGUGCAGCAAUUGUGUAAACAAGACAGGAAAUAUAUCUGGAUUGGCUAUUAGGCACUUGUAUUUCUUUGAUAAUGAAGAACAAACAUGAGUAUUGAUCAAUGUUCUUUUUAUAAAUGGUGGAAGAAUGGAACAAGUGUAUGCCUUACUAAAUUCCUGUGGCAAAAUGUACACAAAUUCCCUGUUCUUUCUUUAAAGAGAAGAUAUCCAUUGAUCAUAGUUUUUUCUUCUCUUUGUUGAACCAUUCUCUCUCUUCCUGCUUCAUAUUGUUGAAUUAUUUCACACGGUAGGAUGCUGUACCGUCCACGCACAUUUUGGUGCCACCUUUCAAUUGACGCAAGAGAAUUUUGCUACAGUCGUGUCUGUGGCAGAUUCCCUUGGACAUCAAAGCUCAUAGAGAUGACCGAAGCAUCAGUGCAUCAGUUAUUAAGCUAUCAUUUGCUUAACAUUUCACCAGAGAUACCUCUACCCCAUUUCCUUCCCUCACAACUACCAGCAGCUGUGUGGCUGGUCAGUUUAAGCUGUUCAACUCUGUUUGUCCUUCAACUCUCAACUCUGGAGUAUCAUACAAAGAGUUCCUGGAUCAGUCAGUGAUUGGCAGUAUUCAACAGCUAUUCUAACCGGCUGAAUGGAGUGACAAGCGGACCAGGUAGACCUCGAUUAAAUUAUGAAGUGUUUACUCUCUCAACUUCUGUCUUAGUAUUGUAGAUAAAUUAGUUUAAAUUUAUUUGUUGAUAAGGAUGCAAUUCUGUACCAUAUUUCCCAUUUCCUAGAUAAGAGCAGCAGCUAUUAUGUGAGGAAAAUAGAUGGAACACAUAUUUCCAUUUCAGAAAUUAAAUUUGAUUUGUUGGAUAGCAAAUCAUCCUAUCAUAGAUGGAGCUGAUGGAUUUUAGCAUUGCCAAUUGGGGUCAUUCAAGGAAAAUAAAACAGGACUACUUGUUAAAGCCACUAGGAAUAGAUUUAAAUCCAACUUUGCCAUUCAAUGACAAAACCACAUUAUUUCUCUAAAACAUUGUUCUGUGACUAAUGUAUGCCAGUUUGUUGCAAAGUAUGAAGUUGUAACUGAAAAUGCUAAAAUAAUUGACAAUAAAGGUUUGCA